AGCAGAACGCUGGCCGAUAUUCUUUGCUGACAUCAAUGAUGACAAAUAAAUGAAUACCAGUAGGUAACGACGAUCGUCUUUAGAAGAUUCAGGUUUGCGGUGGUUAAGGAGUCCCAUCCUCCACUGAAAUCUGCCUGAGGAAAGGGAUGGUCAAUCUCGGGAUCUCCAAGGUCGACGAUGCGGUGGCUGCAAAACAUCCGGGUUUGCAGCAGUACGCUGCAUGCCAGUCACGUGCGUUCAUGACAGGAAUGGGGACCUUUAUUUUCGGCACAGCGGGCUUGUUCGUCUUGCAGAAAGCCCUGCAGAGGAGGCUCCCUUACCCGCUUCAGUGGAACCUGCUGCUCUCAGUGGUGGCCGGCUCAGUCUGCAGCUACACAGUGACACGCUGGGAGACCCAGAAGUGCUCGGACCUGUGGAUGUAUCUGGAAACAGGCAGCUACCCAGACAGGACUCCUGCGAGCGAGGAAGCUCCUUCCACAACAGAACCUGGUCCUAAAACCACGCGGUAUGGGGAUGUGAUGGAAUAGCAGAAGAUGUACCGCUGUCAGAAACUUGCACACUCAGUCACCAUGUCCUGUUAUGGAUCUUCCUGGUAAUCAAUUUUUUCUCGAACAUCCAAGACCAAUUGCUUGUCGAGUGUGGUAGCAUGUGCAGUGUUAUUGACUGAGAUUACAUUCAGGGUGUAUCUCUGCCCUGUGCCCUCUGCUUCCUGGGUUAAACUCCAAGCUUAGCUGCAUUCAUGCAAUGGUAAGGCAGUUAUGAAAACGCACUGCUCUAUUUUACCGACAGGUGGUGCUAUUUAGUUUACUUUCAGCGUUUUAAAGGGCAUGUAUGGGAAAUCUAGGUGUAUGAAGAUGUACAUGUUGUUUUUUAUUGUUAACUAAAAAUUGGCUGUAUAAAUUUCCUGUGUAGAGCAACAAUAAAAAAGGCUGUUUCCCUACAAGGAACAUUUCACUUUGAUAAUUAUAAUCACUGGUGGGUGCCCUCUGUCUGUACUUUUUGUUUGUGCUGGCAUUUAUCAUUUAAGCAAACUAGCUGCUAAAUAAGUGUGAGUAAUAUCCAUCCAUCCAUUUUCCAAACCACUUAUCCUACUGGGUCGCGGGGGGUCCGGAGCCUAUCCCGGAAGCAAUGGGCACGAGGCAGGGAACAACCCAGGAUGGGGGGUCAGCCCAUCGCAGGGCUGUGAGUAAUAUGUACAUUUAUAUUAAAAUGAAUUGAUUUAAGGAUCAUGCUGUAUCGGUAUGGGUUUGCUUUAUGAGAUGUAAGGGAAUUAUUAAACUAUAAAGCUACGAAAUUUAUUUUUCAGAGAAAUCAGUAAAUAUAAAAUGUUGGUAAGUGUAUAUGGGGCGCUGAAGUGUAAUUCUUGCAGUUUUUGUUAUAAAAAUAUAUUAAUAAAAACAUUUGAAUAA